AUGGCGCUCCCAAAUGGCUAUGAUAAACUAACGAAGGAUUUUGAUAGCUUCUGGCUAAAGUUUUAUAAAAGCAGUUAUCUGUCGCCAGAUUUUCAAAGAUUACCUAGGUGUUGGAAUGUUAAGGAUCGGUCGCGAUCAUUGAGAUUAUCUCAUUUCGCACUUACUGUGUCUUUUAGUAGCGGAUUUAAUGAACGCAAUGAUAGUAGUUAUAGUGGUCAGGAAGCAGCUUGUGUCCGUUCAGAUGCAUCUAUUCCUCUGACAACUGGAAUAUAUUACUUCGAAAUAACGCUGCUUAAUAAGGGUUCCAAUGGUUGUCUGUCUGUUGGGGUCUCGAUGAAGACUUCCAGCCUCAAUAAAUUCCCGGGUUCUGAAAAUAAUUCAUUCGGUUAUCAAUCAGAUGGUUGUGUUUAUCAUGGCUCACCCACAUUAUCGACAAAGUUCGGUCCUCGCUUCAAUGAAAACGAUAUCAUUGGUUGUGGUGUUGAUUUCCUUUCACAAAGCUUGUUCUUCACUCGCAAUGGCAUCUUUUUAGGUAAAGCUUUUGAAGGAAAAGUGCCGGUUGGUGCUGGUACACGUUUGUUUCCCACUAUAGGGCUACAAGGUCGUGGAGUUCGAGUAACCACCAAUUUUGGACAACAUCCUUUUUAUUUUGCUUUUGAAAACCACCUUAAGACGGAACGCAUAUCUCGUGAAAACAAACUGAUUGAACGUACAUGUAAAGAGGAUUUUGCUGGAAUAAAAAUAAAAGAACUUGUAUCUGGAUACCUUGUUCAUCAUGGUUAUGUUGCAACAGCCAAAGCAUUUUCCUAUUGGUCCAACCUCGCAUCCUCUGUUCAGAAUUCCGAAUUUCAAAAAGACCAGAUACAGAUUUUCAAUGGAAAGAUAUCGAGUCGGUCAAAUUUAGUAUCUAGUUCAUCCGAAACGAAUGUCGAUUUACAUUCGAAUGUAACGUACAAGGAAUCUAAUCCUUCUGUACUCCAGCGCCGUCAUAGCGACAGUUCUUGUUUAGCCCCAGAAAUUACUAACUCUCAUUUAGGUCAACUCCCUGGUAUUGCAAGUAUGCUGCACAGAAGACGAUUGCGAGCAUUAUGCCGACGAUGCCAAUAUGGGAGAGCUGCUGCUACCCUAAAUCGCUUCUAUCCCCAAGUUCUUGAGCGUUGUCCAGAACUACUAGUUCAGCUUCGUUGUCGGCAGUUUAUUGAAAUGAUGCGUCGUCAUGCUGUCAGACGUGGUCGUAGUCAUACAUCCAACUCAGGAAGUGAUUUAAACGAUUCCAACUCAACUACGGCUCCACCAAAAGUUCAGAGAGUGUCUGGGUCUCUUCAUGUUGGUUCAGGGUGUUGUGUAACCAAUAAACAGGAUAAGUUAUCUCAAGAUAACUCUAGUUCUGUUCAGAUGGUCGUUGAGAAUGGCCUACCACCCUUAUCAAUGGAUGUAGAUCCAGAAAAUGUGCUCAAAGUGCCCUUUCUAGAAAAUGCUGUUAAAGUGGUGGGACAAAAAAGCAAAGUAGAUCAGGAUUGCAAUCUGCUUACAGAAAUUGAUGAUGAUUUGGAAACAGCUGAUGUUGAAGACGAAGAGGAUGACGACGGCUUUGGAGUUGAUGAUGAUACAGGUGUGUGCAUUGACACUCUUUUGCCCCAUACCAAUUCAAAAGUCAAACUCUCUAGUAAUGGGUCAUAUUUACCUUCUGGAAUGGAUGCUGAUAAUGGAAUGUCGUUUGUAGGAUCAACAUCUAAGCCAACAACAGAUGUUUCUUUCACUUCAUCUACGAAUUCAGAAUUGGACAAUGAUGAUGAAAUGCGAUGCUUGCUAAGACAUGUUCAGUUUGGUCGAUCGCUUGUAAACUUAGUUAAACAAGUUCGAGCAAAAACGGGUGGUUUAUCUUUAGAAACCGAACGUUUACUGCAGGAAUCUGUUAGUUUAUUGGCCUAUCCAUCACCUACAUCAAAAGAUUGUCCGUUACGUGGUUUACUAGAUCCAGUAUGGAGAGAUACCAUAGCCAGUGUUAUUAACAGUGCUGUCUUAAAGGCCCAUGAUCUCCCAGCUCAACCAGCGCUCGAACACGGUCUUCGUGCAUUGCAGCGUUGUUUCCAAGAUAAGAAUUUUGUAGAAGCCCAAACUCUUGGCCACUUUUUACUGUAUCACUUGACACCCGCUCAGAUAGCAAAAGCAGACGAAGAGGUCGCUGCUCUAGAGGCUUCUAUAGAGCAUCAAGGUGUAAAACGUUUAAGAUCUUCACCUUCACAAUCAAAUGGUGACCAAAUUAAUGAUCCUGAUGACAAUACUUCUUCUGGUUCUCAUAGCAACGAAAUCAAUGGUCACAAUGCAAUCCGACGUAGAGCUCGUCGUCGAAGGCGAAGGCGAGUUGACGGAACCGUAUCAGAAAGUCAGUCUUCUGAACACACUGAUGAGUGCAACUCUUCAGUAGAGGAAGUCAACAAAGAAGAUGAUGAAGAGGAGGAGGAAGAUGAAGAAGGGCGUUGUAAUUCUGAGGAUGACGACGAUGAUUUUGACAACGAUGAUGAUGAAGAAGACGGUUCAUCAGCUGUUCCUUCUCGCCGACCUAACACACGUAGUAGCCAAACAACAUCAGUUGGAGCACAAAGCGAUAGUGGUUUUUCUGAAAGUAGGGGUUCAAAUGGUGGUUCAUCUGGCCGAAAUCAUUCUGCUUGUUCUUCGAAUACUGCUUCACUUACACCUACUGGGACUGUAGCACCAAAUAUCCGCCUUGGUCGCCAGACCGAUUUAACUCGAUACCUUCCUUCAUUUCUAUAUUCUAAUCAUGCAAGACUGAUAACAUCCGUUUCAAGUUCUCCAGUCCCCAAUCUUCAUCGUUCAAGUGCCCCUAGUCGUCGUUUUACAACAUUAACUACCUCUGCUCGUAUUGACAGUAAUCAUUCCCGUAGAUGUGAAACAGUAGAUAGUCAUUUUGAUUCUGCUUUUCGCGGUCUAUUAUCAAUGUCAUAUCCUCACCGUGCAGAAUUUCUUGCAGCUAUGGAUGACGCUUUAAAAGCAUAUGCUGGACCCCUUUUACUCACUGAAGAUGAACAAAUUGUUGCAUCCAAUCCACAACACCAAUAUUUACAACGUGAUCCGCCAUCACCUACUGGUGGAGGUUCUUGUACUUAACAAUUUUACCCUAAAAAUUAUUCACUUUCAGGAUUGUACAUGAUAAUUUUCCGAAAAAAGAAAAAGCAAUUAUUGUUCAAUCCUCUCACAUAUUUGAUCAUUUCUACAACAAACAAAUAAAAAUUUAUCAAAGUCAACUCUUUAUUUUUUGUCUCAAUAUUUAAUAUUUAGUUUUGAAUUUUUCUUCUCUAUUUAUUCACAACUGUACAAAAUGUGGAUAUUGUUGUACAACAACCAACCUAGUCAUCUUACGCUAUAUAAAUUA